UGUUGCCGGGCAACGAGCGAGGAAACGGCCGGAGCGGAUGCGGCGCGGGCUGGGAGAGCUUUGAGCGGGAAGGGCGGAGACCGGUCGCGGGCAUGCGGCAGUUUGAGCUCGGCGACUCUUGGGACAGUCCAGGUGCGGAGAAACAUGGCACUCCCCACGCUGCCUGCAUACUGGUGCAGCCGGAGGCUCCUGAACCAGCAUGUCGUGCGGCAGCGCCAGCGCGAGCAGGAGGCCCAGCUUCAGCAGCAGUGGGAGCAGAACAGCCGUUAUUUCAAGCUGUCUGACAUCUGCAGCUCCAAACAGGCAGAAUGGAGUUCCAAGACCUCCUACCAGCGGAGCAUGCACGCCUUCCAGCGGGAGAAGAUGAAGGAGGAGAAGAGGAGGAGUCUGGAGGCCCGUCGUGACAAGCUCAGGAAGCUCAUCGUGGAGGAGCAGGACCUGCUGGCCAGGGAGCUGGAGGAGCUGAGGCUGAGCGUGAGCUUGCGGGAAAGAAGAAUCCGGGAGCAGCAUAGGAAUCUCAAAUCAGCUCGAGAAGAGCAAAGAAAACUGAUUGCGGAGCAGCUUCUGUAUGAACACUGGAAAAAGAACAACUCAAAACUAAGAGAGAUGGAGUCAGACCUUCACAGGAAGCAUGUGAUAAGCUCUUGGGAAAUACAGAAAGAAGAAAAGAAACAGCAAGAUGCUGCUGAAGAGCAGGAGAACAAGCGGCAUGAAAACCAAUACGAAGCAGCGCGAAGGGAAGCGCUGGAGCAGAUGAAAGCCGAAGAGGAGAGGCGGCGGCUGGAGGAUAAGCUGCAGGCCGAGGCACUGCGCCAGCAGAUGGAAGAGCUGAAGCUGAAGGAGAUGGAAGCCACCAAACUGAAGAAGGAGCAAGAGAAUCUGCUGCGGCAGCAGUGUGAGCUGGAGCGGCUGGAGGAGGAGAGGAGGCUGACGGCGUCCCUCCUGCGCAAGGCAGAGCUGGGGCGCUUUUUGAAACAUCAGUAUAAUGCACAACUUAACAGACGUGCCCAGCAGAUCCAAGAGGAGCUGGAGGCCGACAGGCGGAUCCUGCAGGCGCUCCUGGAGAAGGAAGAUGAGGCCCAGCGUGCACAGCUGGCCAGGCGGGAGCAGGCCUUGGCUGACGCGGCCUGGAUGAAGCAAGUCAUCGAGCAGCAGCUGCAGCUGGAGAGGGCGAGGGAGGAGGAGCUGCAGGUGCUGUUGAGGGAAGAGGCCAAGGAAAUGUGGGAGAAGAGAGAGGCGGAGUGGGCUCGAGAGCGGAGUGCGAGGGACAGACUGAUGAGCGAGGUUCUGCUGGGAAGGCAACAACAAAUACAAGAGAAAAUUGAACAGAACCGGCGGGCACAGGAAGAGUCCCUAAAACACAGGGAGCAGCUCAUUCAGAGUCUGGAGGAGGCAAGGGAGUCGGCUCGGCGUGCAAAGGAGGAGAGUGAAGAACUGAAGGUGGCCAGGAAGCAGGAGCUGGAAGCCCAGGUGGCAGAGCGCCAGCUGCAGGCAUGGGAAGCAGACCAGCAGGCAAAGGAGGAAGAGGCGGCGGCCAGGCAGGCAGAGCAGCUCUCCGAUGCUUGGCUGCAGCAGGAGAUAAAGACCAUGGCCCAGCAAGGCUACCGGCCCAAGCCUUAUGGACAUCCCAAAGUGGCGUGGGACUGACCUCAUUGGUGCCAGAAGCAAAGGGAAGGGCGCCGAGUAUGUCAAGCCCAACAGUGCUUGGUUCUGGUCGGGGUUCAGGGCACUGUUGGGUAGUUCAGCCACACCUGCUCAGGUACAUCAGGCCUGGCCAGACAUUGUAGUGUUGGGGGUGUACCCCACCCAGAGGCACUACCUUGCUUUUCUCAUCCAAGAUAGGCCCUGUAUAGCUUCACAUUUACAGCGCUGCCAACUUAAGUUUUAGGUUUAUAAUGUAAAGGUCUAGGAGAAUAUUAAGAGCUACCCACUGUUCUCCAUGGCAAGAUAGGUUUUUUCUAAAUUAUAACUGUCAACCACCAGUGAAAACUGGAGACAGGGUUUUUCCUUUUUAAAAUUGCAUAUUGCCUUGAAAACACUUAAGAAAUUUUGGUGCAGUCUAUAUCAAGGUUUAUUAACUUAGU